UAGGCGACGUCGGGGCCAGGUCGGCCCGGCCAUGCCGCUGGAGACGCAGGACGCGCUGUAUGUGGCGCUGGAGCUGGCCAUCGCCGCGCUGUCAGUGGCGGGCAAUGUGCUGGUGUGCGUCGCGGUGGGCACGUCGAGCGCGCUGCAGACGCCCACCAACUACUUCCUGGUGUCCCUGGCGGCGGCCGACGUGGCCGUGGGGCUGUUCGCCAUUCCGUUUGCCAUCACCAUCAGCCUGGGCUUCUGCACCGACUUCCACAGCUGCCUCUUCCUCGCAUGCUUCGUGCUCGUGCUCACGCAGAGCUCCAUCUUCAGCCUCUUGGCCGUGGCCGUCGACAGGUACCUGGCCGUCCGCGUCCCGCUCAGGUAUAAGAGUUUGGUCACUGGGCCCCGAGCGAGAGGAGUCAUUGCUGGCCUCUGGGUCCUUGCCUUUGGCAUCGGACUGACUCCAUUCCUGGGGUGGAACAGUAAAGACAGUGCCAUCAACAACUGCACGGAACCCUGGGAUGGAGCCACAAAUGAAAGCUGUUGCCUCGUGAAGUGUCUUUUUGAGAAUGUGGUCCCCAUGAGCUACAUGGUCUAUUUCAACUUCUUUGGGUGUGUCCUGCCCCCACUGCUCAUCAUGCUGGUGAUCUACAUCAAUAUCUUCAUGGUGGCCUGCAAGCAGCUUCAGCGCACUGAGCUGAUGGACCACUCAAGGACCAUCAUCCAGCGGGAGAUCCAUGCAGCCAAGUCCCUGGCCAUGAUCGUUGGGAUUUUUGCUCUGUGCUGGUUGCCAGUACAUGCCAUCAACUGUGUCACCCUUUUCCAGCCAGCUCGGGCUAAGGAUAAGCCCAAGUGGGCAAUGAACAUGGCCAUUCUCCUGUCACAUGCCAACUCAGUUGUCAAUCCCAUCGUCUAUGCCUAUCGGAACCGAGACUUCCGCCAUACUUUUCACAAAAUCAUCUCCAGGUAUGUUCUUUGCCAGACAGAUGUCCUCAAGAGUGGGAAUGGGCAGCCAGGGGUGCAGCCUGCUCUCGAUGUGGGCCUAUGACCUAGGUCCUGGCCUCUUUAAGAAGGCAUAAAUUCACAAUAAAGGGACAGACAGGACGUGACCAGCUGAUUCCCGUUGUUAAAGACAGCUACACCUUGUAAGCAUAUGGGCUGCCUCUUUUAAGUACUCCCCUGGAGUCACCACAUACCUAGCUAAUAUGUACAUGUUAUGAGUAGGCUCCAAAGGCUCACAAAUGUAUUUAUGGUUCUUUCUGGAUGCUCCCACUGUGUGGAUGAUGCUGAUGGCUUGAAUGGAUCAUAAAAGACUUUUUUUUUUUUUU